GAAUAUGCGAAUACGCGAUUUGACAUACACGAGUAAAACAACAAAAAUGAUUUUAAAAAAUCUUUGUGCUUGACAUGUGACAUCGUAACGUGUGAUCUCAGGCUUAAUGACAGAUUCAAUUUUUUCUUUUUUUUUUGUUGCGAGAUGACACCAUCGGCGAUUGCGUCAUCGCGACGAGUGUGCGUUGUGCGAAGCAUCGUACGAAAUUUCAUAUUGCGGCGAUUCGCUUGCGUGCGCAUCUGGUAAUUGUACGGUGUUCUGCCGGGAUGACGACAUAACCUUCAAAAGUCAGAGUGACGGCGUCGAGCGUGUCCUAGACAGCUGUGUCACGGACUAGACAGAUUCACUGGCGCAAGCGCUCAAGUUUCCGUGUCAUUACAUUUAGAUAACUCGAAAGGCAGGAUAUUUAGGAAAAGGACGCUGAUGGAGGACGCGCAAAUUCGAGGAUACGCGUCAAACGGCGUUGCCGAGGACGAGGAUGUUGUGACACCGUGGGCAGUCACGAGUGCCAAUGAUUCCGGAAUUGAUUAUGACAAGUUAAUCAAGAGGUUUGGAAGUUCAAAGAUAGAUGAUGAGCUGCUGGCUAGAUUCGAGAAGAUCACUGGCAAGAAACCGCAUCACUUUCUCAGAAGAGGCAUAUUCUUUUCUCACAGGGAUAUGCAUACCAUUCUGAACCUUUACGAACAAGGAAAGCCCUUUUAUUUGUACACAGGUAGAGGACCGAGUUCGGACGCGAUGCAUUUGGGACACCUGAUACCUUUCAUGUUCUGCAAAUGGUUGCAGGAUGUAUUCGACGUUCCUCUAAUCAUACAGUUGACGGACGAUGAGAAAGCCAUAUGGAAGAACAUCAAGAUAGAAGAUGCCAUUAAACUGGCUUACGCCAACGCGAAAGACAUUGUUGCGUGCGGUUUCAAUCCCGAAAAGACUUUCAUCUUUUCGAAUUUGGAACACAUAGGUAACAAUCCGGCAUUUUAUCAGAAUAUGAUCAGAGUACAGAAAUGCGUGACAUUCAAUCAAGUGAAAGGCAUCUUCGGAUUCGGCGAUAGUGACCCAAUCGGAAAGAUCGCAUUUCCGCCGACGCAGGCGGCGCCAGCCAUCUCAGGAUCGUUUCCCUUCAUCUUCAAGGACGCCAAGGUACAUUGCCUGAUACCGUGCGCGAUCGAUCAGGAUCCGUACUUUCGCAUGACCAGGGACGUGGCACCUAAACUCGGUUUCCCGAAGCCGGCCUUGCUGCACUCGAGUUUCUUCCCAGCGUUGCAGGGCUCCAAAACAAAAAUGUCGGCGAGCGACACGAACACGGCGAUAUUCCUGACCGACACCGCGAAACAGAUCAAGAACAAGGUUAAUAAGCAUGCGUUCUCGGGCGGUCAGGCUACCGUGGAAGAACACAGGCAACUCGGUGGUAACUGCGAGGUAGACAUCUCGUACCAGUGGCUGCGAUUCUUCCUAGAGGACGACGAGCGAUUGGAAGAAAUCAGGAAAGGUUACACCAGCGGUGAGAUCUUGACGGGCGAGUUGAAGAAGCAGCUGAUAGACACGUUGCAGCAACUCGUAGCUGCACAUCAAGAAGCGAGGAGCAAAAUAACAGACGACGAGAUAAAACGAUUCAUGGUCCCGAGAGAUCUCGGUUUCACGUCAGCAAUCAAAUAACUAUGAUCGGAUCACGGCAGCGGAAGCACUAUCGCGUCAGUUCGUUAUUUUUGGAAAUGUGUUAAAGAAGAUGAAAAGAAAAAAAAAAGAAUUAUUUAUCAAAGAACGUUACAAGGCACUCUUAUAUAAUCUCUCCAAGACAGUAAUUUCGUUGAAAGAAUAAAUUAAUUUUUCUAUUUA